AAAAUCAAAUUAUAUUUUUGGUGUUGGGUGAAAAAAGGGGCGGGGAUUGGAUGGGUUAGGAAGUACAUUUUUUUUGGCAUGGGAUUAUGUUGCAGCCUAUGGAAUUAUACGAUACACACACUGUUUAUCUAAUAACGUAUAUUUUCCUGAUUCAAAAUUUCGUAUGCAUAUGAUAGAAUAACGUUUAAAUAUCUGAGCUGUGAUAAUAUAUUAUUUUUCUUUAUAAUAGUUCAUGAUAACCAAUGAAAUAUAAUACAAAACUAAAGUUGUCAGGAAAAUGUUACUUUACAAUGGAAAAUAAUGGAAUUCGUUGAUUUCUUUAGUUACAAUGAUAAGCAACAGUCUGCAGGGGGUUCAGUAUCUGGGAUAUAGCAACGCACCACCACGGAAACCUUUCUUAUUUGCUUGAAACUUAAUAUGUCGCUUCACUCUCCAUGAUAACGGCAACCUCCAAUGUUUAUAAGGAAAAUUAAUAUCAGUAGAAGAAGUCAUAUAUUAAGAAGCUUGUGUUUAAUUAGUUUAAUAAAAAGAAGGAAAAGAGUUUGAGUCAGCCCAAAACUGCCUCUUGGUUGUUGCGCUGGAAACUAUGAUAAGCCCGCAGCUAGCUGCCGGACUGGUUUAUCUUUUAGCUUUUUUUUUUGGGUUGAAGUACUCUACCUAACAACUUCAAUGGGGGCGAUCUUUAGGCCGCUGUAUCGAGCCCAUGAUGCUAAUGGCGGUCACGUGUCAAUUAAUUGGAGAGCACGUAUGGUUAUGGAGAUUAGGUGGGUUCGGUAGGCUGGAGCCUGGAGAGUGAUAGAGGUCAUGCGUAAUUUGGUUGGGGAGCUGUGGCCUGUGGGGCUCGUAUAGUUAUGGGUAGCUGAGAGAGAGAUUUGUGGGUCCAGAACCGGUGGAGGUCACAUGCAAUUGUUUCUGGAAGGGAAGUAUUCAGCUUCAAAUGCCUUGUGUGGCCCCAUGCAAUGCAAUGUUUUGAAAACUGAAUCGGGAGAGGACUCGGUGCCCUCGCUGGUUAGUCAUGUUCGACUGAUGACAUCAGCAAAACAACAUAUAUGUUUUUUUAUUUUCAGAAAUUAUAAAAAUAUGGAAGAAAAAAAAAUCAGAAAGACAAUCUACCAAAUUUCAAUUUCAGAUAAUCAAAAUCUAAAUCCUACGCCUCAUCCUCCUCCCAGUGCCAAUUACGCAACCCAAUCAACCAACCAAAACAAUCAGAUUGAAACGAAAAUCACAAAAAAUCUAACCAUUCCAUGAAGUGCAAACAAGAAGAGCACGGGAACCAAAUCGGAAGAACAAAUACGAGGAAAAAAAGCAAAAAAUCAAGGAGUAACUCAACAUGGAGGUGGAGUUCUGGUAGGAAAUUGGGAAUGGUUGUUCCGACUUUCAACCCAUGUAUUAACAAGAGAAAAAAAAAAAAAAACUGUUUGGGAAACUCGGUCUGGACCAGCCGGUUCAAUUGAAGAUUACUUAGCCCAGUUGGUUAUUACUGCUUUCCAAUUGAAGAUUCAAGAUUUGAACCUUGGUGGUAGCAUGAUUAUUGUAUUGCUAAAAUAAAUUUAAAACUUAUAGCGGUAUUACAAGAGAAAUCAAGAACUUCUUCCACCAGAAACUUACUUGUACCCAACAUUUUAUAUAAUCAGUAGAUGAAAUAUUCAAAUAUCUGUUGCUCUCCUCCAAUAACUAUCUAGAAUUAGUUGUAGAGUUACAGAUGACAUGAUUUUUACUUCUGUAAUAAUUUGCUUUCUUUAAUAUGCGUGAUACUAUGCAUCAAACAAUUAUUCACAAUUGUUGUAUAAAAAAAACAAUUAUUGACAAUUGUUGUUCGCAUAUAACUUAUCAGUUAUUUUGUAUUUGUCGCUCCAAGCAAUCAGCUGCAAUUAUAGAAAGUUGGUAGCAAUAAACAGAAGGUUUUCUUUCUUCAAGCUCAGCAUGUGCAUACAAAUAUGCAAUCAGCAGAAAGUGACACCCUUUUGCAGCUAUUAAAAGGUUAUAGCAGAUAAAAGAAGAGACUCAAUUUCAUAUCUCGCGGGUCAUAUGUAGAUAUCUCCAUUUGCUAUCUUACUCCUACCUAGGCAUGGGUUUAACUACACAGAACUACAAGGAGGAAAUCAGCAAUUAGCAAAUGGAACACCAUGAUAUAAGUAGCAAUUGCUGCUUAACUCUUCUCUACUAGCCAUGUACACUCUCUUAGACAUUGACAAAAAGUUCCGUUUCCCAUACAUAAAAAGUCUCUUUUAGUUUUAGGUAUGAAUAGAGAACCUCUCUUUAAUGCAUGCAUGUAUUUAGAAGUUCCAUUCCUCUCUGAUUUGGGUUUGGGCGGGAGAUAGCCGGAUCUAAAUUACUAGUCGUCUAUGUAUCCUUUUUAUAAGGGCAUCCCAUUCAAUUUAUGCAAAUGGCAUGUCUUCCAGUUCAAUCAUGAAGUAGAGAUUAUGAUGUAUCGUGCCGGCCCAAAUCAGUAUGGUACAAAGCAUACUAUACUAUACCGAUUUGGUAUUGAUACCUGGUACAGAAAAAAUUCGUGCUGUAUAUCGAUAUGCCAAAAAAAUUUUGUAAUAUACUAUAUCGACACUGCACUAGUAUGGCACCGGUAUGGAGUCUGGUAUCGAAACGAUAAACUUUUGUAAAAAUAGCUUCUGAGUCGUUACCAAUUGAUGGACUCAAGUCUUGGAAGCAUAAUUUUUUUCAAAAAAAGCUUCAUCAGAGUGAGCUAAAGAGGGAUCAGUACAUGAUGCUUCAUGUGCUACAAAGGAUGGAUCAUCAAUUGAAUUAUCUUUUUUUGUUGGAAAAAAAAAAGGCAAAGGAACCGAUGGUUUUCUCUUUCCCUCUAACAAACAUGUGCGAAGGCUUGGGGCCAAAUCAUUGGAGCCGUUUGGCAGGGAACAACCCACCCGGGCCAUCCAAUAUUUAGGACCACCUUUCACGGAGCGCGUGAUCGGACUUAGAUAUGCCCACUUUUUUCCCGUACUCACUUUGCAAAAAGGCCACGAGAAAGAUGAAAGUGGCCGAAGAGAGGGAGAGAGAGAUGCCUGCAAACUUGGUUAACUUUCCAAUGAAAACAAAGAAGAAAUAUUAUAAAAGAGCGACCGCGAGGAUCCAUGCAUAUGUCCUCUUUGGCUCUUUGUUCGGAUUCCGAAGCCAUAUCUAACCCACUUGAAUUAAAAAAAACACGAGCCAUGCUUUCCUAACUGGUCCCAACGAGCAAAAGAUAAUGCUCUCCGCAAUCAUGGUCAUCGAUCAAUUUGAUCAGGUUUAUUUGGCUUCUGUUUUCGUAAUAAACUACGAAAACACGUCACCCACACAUGCGAGCACGGUUACCCAUCCUCCCCCUUCUCGCUCCUGCUUCCAGCUGAUCAUCUUACCCCUGGGCUCGUUUUACUUCUGAGAGCCCCAGCCAAGUGCACUCCUAUAAGUACCAGUGCUCUUUCUUCUCAGUUCUCCCUAAGCUUCUCCUCUCCCUUUUUCCUUGUCCCAUCUCUCUCUCUCUCUGUCUUUCUCUCUCUCUCUCUCUCUGCAUUUAGGUUGAAGAAGAUCUCCUGGUGGGCAUUAGAGGCUAUAGAGCUUGAGGUUUAUGGCUGGUGAAAGCUAUCUUGAGUUUUAAUACAGCCAAGCAAGCAUGUGGGUGGCGCGCUUCCAACUCCAACUCAACGUUCGCUGGUCCCUUCGGUCGGUAUGAUCAUUAUAUUUGUUGACCAAAGUCCAACGCUACCUAUUUAUUCUCCUCUCUUCUUCAUUCCGUUGGAUUUGAAGGGAGGAGUCUUCCAAGCUUGAAGCUCUAGAUCAAGCAAUGCCGAGUUCGAGAGGGUCAGAGAAUUCACAGCGGCAAUCGCCGCGGGCGCCGCUUCAUCUGAAGGCCACUGCCUGCUCCGAAGCCAAUGGCGUUCACCGCCACAGUGUGGAUCGAAGUCUGAAGGUGGAGGACCGCCGCUCGCCUCGCAGCUCCUUUCAUGAGAAGAAGAGGGGCACCCGGGUGGCGGAUCUAGAGACGAAGUUCCGCCGAGCCCAGGAGGAGCUCAAGAAGCUAAGAGAGCAGCUGGCCUCCACCGAGGCUGCCAAGAAGGACGCCCAGGAAGCACUCGAGGAGGCCAAGAAGCGAAUCCCGGCCGUCACCACCCCUCCCCAGAGCUCGGAUGAAGAGAAGCCUGCUAUCCCCUCGAAAGAAGAGACCGAGACUACUAGUUCAUGCUUGGAUUCUCUAGAGAAGAGCGAGCGGAAGGUGGAGGAGGAAUUGCCGGAGACCAGAUCCGAGGAGGAGAGCAUCAACUCCACUGCCACCGAUGUGUUUGAAGUAGUCUCGCCGGCUCCGGUCCCAGCGGAGCCAAAUAACACAGACAAUGAGGUUGGGAAUGAUGAUGAGAAGGCAGUGAAGGAGCAGGAAGAGGAAGAGACGGAGGCAAAGAACGAGAAAGAUGGUGAGACCGAGAUGGCUGCAACGGAGAAAAAUGAAUUAGAGGAGGAGGAGAACAAGCCUAUGGAGAUCUCCGAGAUCCCAGAGGUACUGGAACUCAAGGCCAAGCUACUGGAGAAGGAGAAGGAACUGGAGAAUGUGUUGGCGGAGAAUGAGAGCCUGAAAAAGAAGGCAGAGGAAGUUUCGGAGAAAGUCAUGGCGGCCGCGAGAGCUCAAGAAGAGGAGCUGGGAGUGAAGCUGGUGUCAGUGGAGGAGGAGCUGAGGGAGAGCGAGGCGAAGGUGGAGAAGCUGGGGGAGCAGCUGGAGGCGUUGGGGGAGGCGAGGGCGGCGCUGGAGGCAGAGAUGAAGCGGCUGAGGGUGCAGACAGAGCAGUGGCGGAAGGCGGCUGAGGCGGCAGCGGCUGUGCUGGCGGCCGGGGCGGGGCCGGGGGCGGAGAUGAUGGGUGGAAGGAGGAUGGCGCAGCGGUGCGGGUCCUUGGACAAACACCUUGGUGCCGGCGGCGGGGGAUUCGCGGGAUGGGGAUCGCCGCUGAUGGGCGGGGAGAUGGACGAAGAGUGUAUCGGGGGAGGGAAGAGGAGGGGGUCCGGAAUUCGGAUGCUUGGAGAUCUCUGGAAGAAGAAGGGGCACCAGAAAUAGAGGACACAGUAUAAAGACUUGUCGGAGGUCUAUCUACACUUCGGACGGAUCAAUCCUCUCUCUCUCUCUCUCUCUCUCUCUCUGUCUCUUGCUUUGUCGUUAUUUUGCUUAGUACUGUCAUGCUGUGUUGCUUCAGCUACUGUUGCUUAGGGCACAGCCAAGUAGCCAAGUUGUUUUGGCAUCUAGAAUUAGGUUUGAGACUUCUGGGAGAUGGAAUUAGUUUGGCUGUGGUUGCUGAUCUAAACUACUUCAGCUAAUGGAAUUAAUUGCUACAAGAGUUUAGAGUC